UUUCAGCCUUGCCUCCAAGCCAUAUCGAUUGCCCCACAACUUAUGUCACCCUCCAAGCAAGGUUGGCUAUAAAAGCACUUGGCCGAGACGACACUCGGUUUACUUGGCCAACAUGCGCGCCCCCGAGUGGAUGAGCAAUGAAAUAUCGCGGUUCACCUCGAAACUGGAACGCUACAAGCCAACGGGCAGUGGCUACAACCGUAUCCAGUCGAUUCGCCUAUCGAAGAGUGUUACGCAAAUGCUGAACAAUCCCAUGCCGGCGGCACAAAAGGAUCAGGAGAGCUCCUUCACGACACCUCGACGGCGUGGCGUCCUUAGUCGCAGCGAAUCCGAGUGGGAGGAGGUGUAUCCUGCCGUAAAGUUUGUUCGCCAACAGAGCAGCGAGAGUGCCAGCAGUGGAGAGAGUGAGAUCCGAUUUACCCACUAUCGGAAUUGUUCCACUCGAAUUCCCUAGGGGAUUUUACUCCAAUAUUUGUAAAGUUUUAUCUUUUUUAUAAGUUUAAUAAAAAUUCAAUUCUCAAGAAUAUAUAAAAG